CACACAAACAAACAAACGCACGUUUUUCUUCCCUCCGCCGUUUCCAAAUGCUCCAUCUGCAAAUUCCCACUACCAGAGACCCCAUUUCUGCAACAAAACAAAUCCUCUGUGCCACUUCCAUGUCUACAUAUAAUUAGCAUGGAAUCAUCUUCCAUGCAAAUGCAACUUUCAAUGCCCAUUCGUUUCUUCUUCCUCUUCGUCUUCACUGGUUUAGUGACUGUUCAUCUUCCUCUCGCCGUUUCUGGGUUGAAUCAAGAAGGCAUUUAUCUUCAAAGGUUGAAGCUCUUCCUAUCCGACCCCACGGACGUGUUUUCCUCUUGGUCCGAACGCGAUCUCACCCCGUGUAGCUGGACCGGAAUAGGAUGCGACGCCGGCGGCUCUGUCGUCUCCGUCUCCCUCUCCGGCUACUCGCUCGCCGGCCCCUUCCCGGUCUUCCUCUGCAGCCUUCCGAGUCUUUCUUCUCUGAACCUUUCAAACAAUUCCAUUAACUCUUCACUCCCUCACUCCAUUUCUGAAUGCAGCAAACUCGUCAGUCUCGACUUGUCGGAGAAUCUCAUCGGCGGCAACAUCCCUCACACUCUCUCCGACCUUGAUUUUCUCAGGCACCUUGAUCUCAGUUACAGCUCAUUCUCCGGUGAAAUUCCGGCGACCUUCGGAAGAUUCCGAUCACUGGAGUAUCUGGUGUUAACGGACAACGAGCUGAAUGGGACCAUUCCGGCCUCUCUGGAGAGCAUUGGGAAUCUGAGUCGACUCACCAACUUCGACGUGUCCAACAACCAACUCACUAGUGGUUUACCAAGCACGAUUUCCCAAACGAAGAGCAUCGUUCAAAUCGAGAUAUUCAACAACUCGCUCACCGGCGAAUUGCCGGCGCGGUGGUCUAAUUUGACCCGGUUGCGGCGGUUUGACGGGUCGAUGAACAGCAUAACAGGGACGAUUCCGAGCGAGUUGCCGCUCGAGUCGCUGAAUCUAUUCCAAAAUCAACUCGAGGGUUCACUUCCGGAGGGCAUUUCUGGUUCCCCAAAUCUACGAGAACUGAAAUUGUUUCGCAACCGACUCGGCGGGUCAUUACCGGCCCAGCUCGGUGCCAACUCGGCGUUAUGGAUACUUGACGUCUCUUACAAUAACUUCUCCGGGACGAUCCCAGAAGAACUCUGCGAAAAAGGCUGUUUAAGCGAGCUCAUACUGAUAAACAACUCCUUUUCCGGGAACAUCCCUUCGAAUCUCGGCCGGUGCCGGACCUUAAGACGGAUUCGUUUGCGAUCUAAUCGGUUAUCCGGCGAGGUACCGCCCGAUUUUUUCGGGUUGCCCCUCGUUUUCCUCAUAGAUCUGAACGACAAUGGAUCUUCUGGAAAUAUAUCAGGGAAGAUAUCAGGAGCGAAGAACUUAUCGAGCCUUCAAAUCUCCAGAAACAAAUUCUCCGGCUCCAUCCCCGGCGAGAUUGGAACCUUGGUGAAUCUAGUCGAAUUCUCUGCGAGCCAAAAUGAACUCCGAGGAGAACUUCCUUUGGCAUUGAUGAAUUUGAAGCAGCUCGUGACAGUUGAUCUGAGCAACAACUACCUCUCCGGCGAAAUUCCUGGUGAAAUUCAUUCAUUGAGUCUGCUAAGCGAGCUUAAUUUGUCUGGCAAUCAAUUAUGAGGCGAAAUUCCUACUGGAAUUGGGAAUUUACCAGUUCUGAACUA